GCAGUGCUGUCACCCAAUCGUCCAAAUGGUGUGAUGUGCGGGCGCAGCCUACAGGGAUGGAAUUGGGGGUUUAAUGGUUCCAAUGCUGUAUAUCAUGCGCUAUACCCCCGUGCCUGGACAGUCUAUAAUCUACCUGGUCAGAACAUCAGGUUGAUCUGCCGGCAGGUUUCUCCUGUAUUUCCACAUGAUUAUAAGGAUACAAGUCUACCAGUAGGAGUAUUCAUUUGGACAAUAGAGAACAACAACGAUGAAGAAGUAGAGGUCGCCAUUAUGUUUUCAUUCCAGAAUGGCGACGGUAAUCCGAACGACACAUCCUCUGGACACUAUAACGAACCUUUCAGCUCUAAAGGAGUUCACUGUAAAGUUCAUCUGGAAACCAAGAAUGAUAAGAAUCCACAGACCAAUCACGUGACAACACCAAAUUCCUCGGGAAAGAGUCCACUGAAUCCUAGAAAACACGAAGAUGCCAAACCAAGUGAGCUGUCAACGACGUGCGAUGUCACAGGCGUUCUCCUUCAUCAUAAACACAGAAGUCAGCCAUACACACUAGCUAUAGCAGCCAAGGCCAAACAUAAGGCUGGUAAAUCUAUCGUCACUGUUACCACGAAAUCAUCGUUUGAUUCCCGUACUCCGUGUAGAAGAGUAUGGGAAGACUUGAUGGAUGAUGGUAAACUGAGCUCAUCUACAGAACCGAGCGUGCGGUCACGUGCAGACCAAUCGUUAUGCGCUGCUGUUACGGCCACCAAUACAGUCCCAGCCAAGUCCAAAUCAGAACUGGAAUUCUGUUUGGCGUGGGACAUGCCGACAAUUACCUUUGGGACCACCGGGAAGAAACACUAUAGAUUUUAUACCCGUUUCUUUGGUCACCAUGGGAACGCCGGUCCUGCCCUAUGUAGCCAUGCCCUCAUCAACUAUCCAGACUGGGAAGCCAAGAUUGAGGCCUGGCAGAACCCCAUUUUACAAGAUGAUUCACUUCCAAGCUGGUACAAGUCUGCUCUCUUUAACGAGCUCUACUUCGUGGCGGAUGGCGGCACAUUGUGGCUUGAUGUUAAACAGGAAUCAUCAACCAAGGCAAUCCCUGAAAUCAUUAAAAAGUUUGGUCGCUUCGCUUACUUGGAAGGUCACGAGUACAGAAUGUAUAACACCUAUGAUGUACAUUUCUAUGCAUCUUUUGCGUUGACCAUGCUUUGGCCUAAGCUACAACUAAGCCUUCAGUAUGACUUGGCGCAAACCGUGAAUCAGACUGACAGCCAGGUGUGGAUGACCAUGAUGAAUGGACACUACUGCACGAGGAAAGUCCCUGGUUGCGUCCCUCAUGAUAUCGGUGAUCCAGACGAGGAUCCCUGGGACCGAGUGAACGCCUACCACAUUCACGACACCUCCAAGUGGAAGGAUCUGAACCUGAAGUUCGUUCUUCAGGUCUACAGAGAUUAUGUAGCUACGCAUGAUGUGUAUUACUUGCAAGACAUGUGGCCUGUUACCAAGACUGUAAUGACCAAGUCCAUGACGUAUGAUCGGGAUGGCGAUGGACUGAUAGAAAAUUCAGGGCUUGCUGACCAGACCUACGAUGCCUGGCCUGUUAGUGGACCAAGUGCUUACUGCGGUGGUCUUUGGUUGGCUGCCUUACGUGUAAUGGCUGAGAUUGCUACCAUACUUGACUAUCCAGAGGAUCGGGACAAGUACAUGGACAUACUGAAGAGAGGCAAGGAGGCCUACAUUAAGAAGCUAUGGAAUGGUGUGUACUAUAACUAUGAUAGCAGUGAUCAUAGGUACCAUAACAGUAUCAUGGCUGACCAGUUAGCAGGUCAGUGGUACCUACAUGCCUGUGAUCUUGCACAGCGUGCUGGAGAUGAGGUAUUUCCGUUAGAACACGUGACUAGUGUUUUACGUACCAUCUUCGAAAACAAUGUCAUGAAAUUUCAAGAAGGAACAAUGGGUGCUGUGAAUGGCAUGCGACCUAAUGGACAGUUGGAUACGAGUAGUCUUCAAGCAGAGGAGGUUUGGACUGGAGUAACAUAUGCUCUCGGUGCUUCCAUGAUUCAAGAGGGUAUGGUUGAAGAGGGCUUCAAGACGGCAAGUGGAAUAUACAACACCUGCUUUGAAAGACUGGGCAUGGGUUUCCAGACACCAGAAGCUAUUGUUGCCAAUGGCAACUACAGGUCACUUGGAUACAUGCGGCCUCUGAGUAUCUGGGCCAUGCAGUGGGCACUGAACAAGAAAAGUAAGAAGAAAGAACCAUCAAAGGAUGUUGCAAUCUUCAGCACGACUUAAUCACAUUCAUAUAGCUAUUGGCUAAUAUUGGCUUYAUUUAUUAUUGAGCUAUUUUACAGCAUCUUGGGGAUGGUUCGAUAUUUAUCUUAGGGGUGGAACACGAGGGAAAUGGGGAAACCUGCCAGCCAUAUUUACCAAAAUAUAUGUUAUCAGAGGAGGUCUUGGGAUUUUGCUCAAAA